ACAUUCCUACGUCAUGACCGUCCCGUAUUACCACCACAACGUUCUGAUCUACCAGCAAACCAAGGGCCCGCUCAACACCAGCACCGAUGGCCGCGAGAAGUACUACUACCAACCCGCUCUCAUGAUGAACACCGAAAAGACCCGCGUCUCCAUGAAUCCGUUCACGAACCGUUACGAACUCCUGCUGCCAGUUGUUCUCUGGAACGAAGCGUACGAAGACCAUAUUCGCCAGCAGAUUAUGGAUCAAACCGGGAAGAACGAUUUCCUUUUGAGCGUCAUUCCCAUGGAAGAGGUCCGGGUGAAAUCGGUCCGACCGAAACCACAAAUCCAGCUGGUGACACGGUGGAUGGCCUUCGCCAGUCAGCCGUCGGUGGUGACGUUCCGGAUUGUUUGCAAGGACAACGAAUCGUGCGUGGAACUGCUGCAGCAAAUACGCAGCAGUCCACAACAGUUUGUCGGGGAUUUGCGGGUCUUCUACAGUCUGGAGAGCCAAGGCAGCACCGGCAAGCGUAUGACCGUCACCGCGGAGCACGUACAGCACAGCUCGAUGUACGCCGCCAUCAACCAGAAACUCCCCAAUAAAGACCCGAUUUAUUUGACAUCGGACGAUGCGAAUACGCUGCAGCGGGAGAUUAUGAACAACGUCCAGGCCACCGAAGUGGAAGACGAGGAUUUCGUCAGCGAUGCCAGCCAACCCACCUUGAUGGGCUUGAUCAACGAAGCGCUGGGGCUGGCGACCCGCAGUUCCAAAGAUUUCGAAGAGCACAUGUGGGAUUCAGUGUUUUGGAACGAUGACAAUGCACGCCCGGAUAAGGUCACCAAACGGCUGAACGAUGUCGCGCGGAAGCUGGAUGCGCAGUCGCGAUCCAAAUUGCGGACCGAGCAGGAGAAAACCCAAAAGUUUGGCGUGCAAGCUGACAUCAGCGGGUCGUACAAAAAGGUCACCGUCGAAGCGGGCGCGAAUUUCGGGCAGGAAGCGGUCGAGCUUACUAAUAAAGAAAAAGAGGAAUUGAAGAGGGCGGUCGAAGAAUCGAAAGGCAAGUCCGUGGUCGAGGAGAAUUAUUCGUCCCGAAGGCGAUGGAGUUAAAGCGUAUUAACAACGGAAAUAUUCGAUCUGGCGCAGCAUUAACCACCACCAUCGUUCGCGUCUCCAAAGCCAAAUCGCAAAUAAGCGAUAUUAUAAAGAUCAUUGAUUUACACGGGAGAACGCGACAGCAGACCAGAUCUUCGUGGCCGCGGACCGUCAGCCGGAAGUCUUUCACGUGCGCGCCAAAGAAAGCUUUAUCUUGUUCACGCGUGAAGAAGCCAUCGAAAUUUGCCGACAGUACAGCGCGAAGCUGGCCUCCGUGGCGCAGGUGGAACGCGCCUGGGUGGAAGGAGCCGACUGGUGCUCGGCGGGCCAUGCGGACGAUAACCGUGUGGCCUAUCCGGCGCAUGUCUGCUACACGUACGCUAAGAGCUUCGACGGUAGCACGUUGCUGCCGCUACAAGAACGCUCGGCGUCGUGCAACGACGAAGAAGCCCAUAAGAAAUCUUUCGUCUAUCAGACUAAUACGAAAGACGAAGAUGGCGGGUACAAGGAGUCCUGGCGCUUUGGUGUAAACUGCUGGGGUUUGAAACCCAAUUCAAAAGUAAACGUACAGCAUGGCGGCAGGAUGCUGCAGGUGUGGUACUUUAACUCAACCCACUACAGCCAGUUCCGCGCUUGACAGCGAUAGAAACCCCAUAAUACUCAGUAACGAAAAAUCACCGGGUCGACGGUGUGUUAUGUCUGUGAACAUUCAUCGUAGAAAUCAAGACGCACCACGAAUGACCAGUGUUCGAUCUUUCAAUAGCAUAUCUG